UUCAGGUUCCAUGAAAGGUAGAUUUAUUGAAAAAGCAUUAAAAACACUUCAAUUUUUACUUCUUUCCCUUCCAAAAACUUGUCUCUUCAAUGUUAUAUCAAUUGGACAUAAAAAUUUUAAAAAUCUCUUUGAGAAAAGCAGAGAAUGUACAAAUGAAAAUAUCGCAGUUGCAAUUAAAGAAGUUCAAAAAAUAACUGCAAAGGGUGGCACUCACAUUUAUGAAGCUCUGGAGUGGGUAUUAAAAUAUUCACUUUCUGAUAUGCCAACAUCAGUUUUUCUGUUUUCAGAUUUUGAGACAUCGAAUAUUGGAAUUGUUAAACUCAUAAAAGACUACCAAGAAAAAAAGGAAAAAAAGAAUAAUUUAAGAAUAUUUUCAAUUGGAAUGAAUGAUUCCAUUUCACAUCAUUUUAUUGAAUCUAUGGUUCGAGCUGGCAAUGGAUAUGCAGAGUAUGUGUCCAACUCGGAACAAAUGAAUAGGAAAGCAAUGAUCAUGCUUAGGAAUUCACUAAACCCCACCAAAGAUUAUGAUGAAAUUAUAUGGACUGAUAAAGAACCCCAAAAUAGUAGCAUUAAAUUUCAGCAAGUUCCAUUAAAAAUUCCAGAACUUUAUGUUGGCGUUCGUUUUAUAAUUUAUUGUAUUUUACCAAAAGAUGUUAAACCAUGUAAACAAAUCACAAUAAAAUCAAAAUCUCAAGAUAUUUUAUCA